AUGGCGUAUCGGGGGAACAUGCGUGGAAGUCCAAACAACGGUCCUCAUUUUGGACAAAUUCUCGAGCAACAGAAUGACAACAAAGUUGACGAUUUGGCCACAAAAGUCUCUGCGCUUAAAAGGAUAACAUUAGAUAUCGGCGAAGAGGUGCGGUCACAGAAUCGAUUAUUGAAUGACAUGGACACUGAAUUCGACUCUGGAAAGGGCCUUUGCAAGGAGCGA